CCGGUCGGUGCGUGUCAGCUGAGCCUCUGAGAGAGAGAGAGAGAGAGAGAGAGAGAGAGAGAGAGAGAGAGAGAGAGAGAGAGAGAGAGAGAGAGAGAGAGAGCGAGAUCCUCCUUGGCACACAGUCGUCAGUGUGGCAGUGUGAUUUUGACUGACUGACGGGGGAUUCUGGAGGAAACACACAGUAAAGGGACGACACACACUCCGGUUUGAUUUUUUUUUCUGUCAUCGUUGUCACGGCAGAUGGUUUUCUAGCUGUGCCGCCUGUAUUUACCUCAGCAUCGGAUUUUGCUUUAUUUCUCCUGUCCUUGAUUGGCUGAACCCGGGCUGAACCCAGCCAACCUGGGCCGGGCUGUGGGGCUGUUCAGCGAGCCAUAUAGCUGAAGUUGGCACCCGAGAUGAGCGCCUGGAGACCCGGGAGCGGGGCUCUCUCUUCACCAGGGACAGGGUCUUGGUCGUGGCGGUGCUGGUGGUGGUGGGUUGUGGUAAUCGGGGUGUCAGUGGGCUCUGGAGAUCCGUGGAUGUCCGCGGAGGCAUGCCCGUCGUUUUGUUCUUGCAGCAGCACCAGGAUCUCCUGCGUGGACCCGGAGAGGGGUAUCAAUGCUUUCCCCGUCCUGCAGAGCGAGGCGGAGAUGGAGAACAUCACCGAAAUUUACAUUGCCAACCAGGGCAGCUUCUCCUCCAUCAACGACAAAGACCUGCACUACUACAAGAAUCUCAGGAACCUAACGGUGACCAACAGCAGGCUAACAUACGUUUCGAAGCUGGCCUUUCAAAACAAUAUCAAGAUACAGUACCUGAAUCUGAAAGAUAACAACCUGUCAUCGCUGUCCUGGAGGAUAUUCAAACACCUUAACAUCUCUUAUCUGAUCCUGACAGGGAAUCCUCUGCACUGCUCCUGUGAGAACAUGUGGAUCAAGCUGUUGUUAGGAGAGGAAGCAGACACUCAGGAGCUGCGCUGCAUUGAGGACGGAGGAGGACGCAAGCUGCUGUCCAGACUGACACUACCUAACUGUGAGGUUCCCAUGGCAACGUUGAGCCCUUCCAAAGUGAGACUAAUGGAGGGGAAGAACAUGGACCUGUCCUGUACGACCUCUGGGGUGCCCUCACCUGAGCUGAUAUGGAACAUGGUGUUGGUCUCCAACUAUGAGAUUGAGACAUCGGGCCAGAUUUCGUGGCUUCGACUGUCCAACCUGUCGUCGCUGGACCACAACAGCAAGAUCAGCUGCACAGCUGAGAACAUUGUUGGAGAGAAAGAGUCCUCGCUGCUGCUGGAUAUACUCUUUCCACCCAAAAUCACUAAACUGAGUGAUGCAAUCCCUGACCAUCACUGGUGCAUCCCCUUCAGCGUGGCAGGAAACCCGACGCCGCACCUACAAUGGUUUCUGGAUGGUGAAGCGGUGACUGAGGGGAUCUACAUCAUGACCAUGAUCCAUGACGUCACAGAGAGAGAGUACCAUGGCUGCCUGCAGCUAGACAGCCCCACACACCUUAACAAUGGGCGCUACACGCUAUUGGCUGAAAACGAAUACGGAACAGACCAAAAGGACGUGGAGGCUCACUUCAUGCGCAAGCCCUGGGAUGGAACGGAGAAAGAGCCUUACUAUUAUGUUGCUGAGGAUCUAACCCCAGAGGGCCCCACUGUAGACCCUCCUGAAGACAGAGUCGCUGUGUACGUGGUGGUGGGCAUUGCUGCUGUCGCCUUCACUGGUUUCCUUCUAAUGUUGGUUAUUCUCAAGUUUGGAGGAAACUCCAAGUUUGGCAUCAAAGGACCAUCUUCGGUGAUCAGUAACGAUGAUGACUCGGCCUCUCCUCUUCACCACGUCUCCAAUGGCAGCAACACUCCUUCAUCCUCAGAGAUGGGCCCUGACGCGGUAAUCAUUGGCAUGACCAAGAUCCCAGUGAUAGAAAACCCUCAGUACUUCAGGAGCACAAACAGCCUGCUCAAAACUGACACAUUCGUCCAGCAUAUCAAGAGACACAACAUUGUGUUGAAGAGAGAGCUGGGAGAAGGAGCCUUCGGAAAAGUCUUCCUGGCUGAGUGUUACAACCUGUCACCUGACCACGAGAAGAUACUGGUGGCUGUCAAGACACUUAAAGAGGCCAGUGAAAAUGCCAGGAAGGAUUUCCACCGUGAGGCUGAGCUGCUGACCAACCUUCAACAUUUACACAUUGUCACUUUCUAUGGAGUCUGUGUGGAGAGCGACCCUCUCAUCAUGGUAUUUGAGUACAUGAAACAUGGAGACCUCAACAAGUUCCUCAGGGCUCACGGUCCAGAUGCAGUUCUGAUGGCAGAGGGUCAGACCACCAGACCUGUCGAGCUGACCCAGUCUCAGAUGCUGCACAUCGCCCAGCAGAUAGCAUCUGGCAUGGUCUACCUGGCAUCACAGCACUUUGUGCACCGCGACCUGGCCACCAGGAACUGCCUGGUGGGCGAGAACCUGCUGGUAAAGAUUGGAGACUUUGGCAUGUCGAGAGACGUCUACAGCACUGACUACUACAGGGUAGGUGUCGGAGGUCACACCAUGUUACCAAUCCGUUGGAUGCCCCCUGAAAGCAUCAUGUACAGAAAGUUCACCACAGAAAGUGAUGUUUGGAGUCUCGGUGUUGUUCUCUGGGAGAUCUUCACAUAUGGAAAACAGCCUUGGUACCAGCUCUCCAAUAAUGAGGUGAUAGAGUGUAUAACCCAGGGCAGGGUGCUGCAGCGCCCCAGGACCUGUCCAAAAGAAGUAUAUGACCUGAUGCUGGGCUGCUGGCAGCGAGAGCCGCACAUGAGACUCAACAUCAAAGAAAUCCACUGUCUGCUCCUCAAUCUGGCCAAAGCCUCACCUGUAUACCUGGAUAUACUGGGCUGAACACAGGAUGAGGCCCGAGGAUGUGUGUGUGUUUGGGUGGAGAUGAUUACUGUACCUUAGUGUGUAUGUGCAUUUGAGGUUGCGCAUGUGUGUGUGUGUGUGUGUGUGUGUGUGUGUGUGUGUGUGUGUGUGUGUGUGUGUGUGUGUGUGUGUGUGUGUGUGUGUGUGUGUGUGUGUGUGUGUGUGUGUGCGUGCUAGGGUGCACACGGUGACACCUGUGAAAUAAAUGAAGUGUGGUCGUGCUGUACAGGAUGUGAAGCUAUUAUCAAACUCUUAAAAGGCAAUCAAAAUAUUCCUCAACUUAUCCCCAACUGCGUCUUUCCUCCCUGCCAAUUUCCUCUCCUUUGUGCAUCUCUACUCCUUCCCUCUUUCCUUCCCGGAAAGACAUUUGCUAAGAGUAAUUUAACUUUUGGGGGAAAAAAAGCUUCUCACUUCUUUUCAAAUGCUUCAAACUGACUCGGGGCUAAAUUGAUGAAAACCGGAUUAACAGGACUUUAAAAUUUAUAAAUUGAAUGACUCAUCCCUCGCUGACUGUCGGACAACAGGACUUGUUUGAACAUCCGGAAAUUUCAAGGAGGCGCAGCGUUGGGAGGAUUUCCGGAAGCUUCUAUCCUUUUGCGUGUAAAUAUGAGACUGUACGACGGUAAGACAUUUCAGAGGAAAUGGCUCUGUGCUAUGUCGAGCCAUAAAGACACUGUGUUUUCCCCUCUCACCCUGUCUGUGUGUCUGUAUGUUCCUCAGAACUGUACAUGAGUGUUAAUGUCAGUAUUCAUCCAACAUGGCCAGAGGAAAUGACUGAUGAUUAACACACUGGUACACAUACAGUAUAUUGACUGGAACAGAAAAAUAACCUGGAAAAGUAAACACAAAAUCUGGUUUUCUGCCUGUCCGAUGAAAUUAAGAGGAGAGAUGACAAAGAUUAUUUUGGGUUGGCCAAUUUCACUUAAAAAAAACGAUCACUAACAAUACAGUGCCUACUAAAGCUGAACUGAACUGCUGUGGGGGGAAAUGGCAAAUGGAUUCUAGUAUACUGUAAUUGUGAAUUCUAGAAGUGUAAAAAAAAAAAAAAAAGGUUGAUUUAUCUGGCACUGAUCUAUAAUCUCUCCUCAUGCAACAGUCUGAUAUACAUGAUUAUGAGGAUAUAGGAACUCACAUCCGCAUACUGUUUUCUGUUACAUAUUUACUUUGCUCAGGCCUGGACUGCACUGUCAUACAGCACACGGUAACAUGAUGAUGACUACAUUUUAUUUUUUUUCCCCCGAAGUGACAGAUGCUUCACUUGUGAUGUCAAGCGCUCGGUCGGAGGUCAAUUGAUUAAUUUGUCUGCAGCUGUCUGACAAUCGUGAGGUCUUGGUGUUGAGGGGAUGGGGGGGGGGUGUAAAAGUUGCUAAGGGAGGCUGGGUUCUGAGUGGUCAGAUCACGGUCAGAUGUGUGGGCGACGGCGCUGUAGAAGGUGUGGUUCAAUUGGUCAACCCAUAUUAAAUCAUCAAGGCUCUCAGCACUUAGACAUCCUUAAAAACCACAUCUGUGCUAGAGAGUGUAACCUACCACAGUGUAACACACACACACACACACACACACACACACACACACACACACACACACACACACACACACACACACACACACACAAAAAACGGGAAGGAAAUUGAAUUGUGCAUGUUUUAUUAUUUGAGCGGUGCAGUGCUUUAGCCAGGCCCCGUCCACUGUAAUGGUGUAAUGUAUAUUUCAUUACAGCCUAAUGGGCUCCAUUAGCACAGUCUCCUCACAGACAUUCAAGACUUAUUGUUUUAUGGCUGAGAAGGAAAGAUGGAGGGAUGGAGAGGAGAGGUAAAGGAGAAGAAAACAUAGAGAGAGGUGGGGGGAGGGGGGACUGGAAUGAGGAGCAAUGGAGAGGAGAAAUAAGAGGAGAGGUAAUAAUGCAUAGUGGGAAAGAAAUGGAGAGGAAAAUUUAGAACGGAAGCAAUGGAGUAGAAAAGAGAAGAGGAUGAGGAGUUAAAAAGGUAUGAAUGGGUCCUGUAGAGAAAGAUGAAGGAGAAAGAGAAGAUAGUGGAGUAAAAAAGGAAGGGAGAGGGGGGAAUGAGAGGAGGUGUGAAUGUCCUCAGGGAGAAAGUGAAAGUGAACAUCCAUCAUUACUGUGGCCUGCAGGUGUCCUGUAAAGCCACAACUUUUACUUUACCCAUCACAUUCCUCCGGCUGGCCUCAAACCACAUGCACACGCAAACACACUUCACACACAUUUUACUGGCAAUCCCCCAACAGCUUACACUGAAAAUGAACUCUAAUGCACCAGACAUCCCCAUUAUUGAGAACCACUUCACUCACUUACAGUACAGCUCACAUACUGUAUCUGGUCAAAAUGCUUACAGACACCUCUGUAUAUACAACGGCUCACAUGCAUGCAAGGAAACACAUUUAAUGUUUGUUUUUGCAUUUUACUGGGGCAUAUUUUACUCUUUAAAGACAAGAAUCACAAUCACUGAGGUUUCACUAACAGCCAUUUGAAUGAGCUGUAAAACAUCAAUCAAUCUGGAAUUCUAAGUCUUUUUGUUCAUUAAUAGCAGCACUUGAUAGUAAUGAUGUUUGUGAACUUGAAAAUGUUGAUUUGAUUGAUUUAUAGUAUAAUUUAUAAAUUAAGGAGCCUUUUGUACAUUUCUUUCUAUAUCUAAGGUUGCCUUUUGCAACAACAAAGUGAAAAUUGAUAACUGGUUUAAUUAACUAUGUUUUAGCUAUUGUGUAAGAUAAUCUUGAGUGUAUAUGUAUUGUUAUGUCAGGCUCCCCCUUAACAGCUGCCUAGCCUGUCCUCAUGUUCAGCAUACUCCACAACAGGGAUGGAUGUUUCACCUGUCUGCCACAGUUGUAGAUUUAUUUGGACACUUUGCAAAAUUACUGUCACCUGUCAGAGCAUGAGUGUGAGGGGUUAAUGGCUGCAGCCUUGACAAGGCAGGCUAACAAGGUCCUCAAAAUCCAUCCCUGCUGUAUAGUCAAGUAGAGUUUGCACUGAGUUAGCACACUCGAAACAAUAAAAAAAAAAAACUUGCCACACAAUAACGCUGCGCAAUAACAGAGGGCAGGGUGUGUGAGGGCCUGUGCAAGAAACAAACAGGGUGCAUAUAAACGCCUACGAUGUCAAAAGAGUGGAGUACGUCAACGCAACAUCUCAGCUGGCUGCACUGUGUACCUGAUGUGUUUCCUUUUUGUUUUUAAAGAAUGAACUGUGUCAAGUUGAACAAUGGUGAUGUUUUUUGACAGUUAUAGGAAGAGGCUGUGAGAGAGGGGUUUGUUACGAUGAGGACUUGUCAGCACAACGCAGGUGCGCUCUGUAAACCUUUACAUGUAACUCCAGCUAAAGAUCAGCUGUCUUUGCAUCAAUGCCUCAGAUCAAAGAUAUUGGUCAAACAAAGAGAAAAAAACAACUGCUUUGAAUGGACACCUCAGAAAAGGAGGGACUGACAAUCACAGACUUCUCUCUUUCUCCCUCUUCUUCAAGUGACCUACUGUAAAAUAGACUACUCAACCAACUUUCCUCUUCUAUGCUGCCUAUACUGUACGUGAUAGUCUUAAAACUUGGUCUCUAGAAGUGCUACUUUUUUUUGUAAAAUGAAAUAACAGCGAGAGGAAUGAACAAAAUACAUGUACAAAUGUGAAUAAGCUGCUGAAAGAAAUAAGCGUCGCUAACUGCUGUGUCCGAGACUGUGUCAGUAUGUAGAUUGUGAUAUUUUCUUCUUUUUGUCUUAGAAGUGGAGGGCAGAGAAAUUGGGUAGAUGCGUGGGACUCUCAAAUACACAAAAUGACAUACAGCUGCCUCUAGAUUUGUUUGCUCAUUCUCCCGGUCGUGUGUGUGCGUGCAUGUGUGUGUGUGGAGAAGACUGAUUAAUGCCAGAGUGAGUAAGGAGGGGUCCGUAGGCCGGGUUCAGACUCCAGCCGAAUCCUAGUUCAAAUGCAAUGAGAUUCAACGAAGGAAUCAGGAAUUGGCUUGUUGUUGCUGUUCACCAAUUCAUGAUAAAUGACUUUGCCCAGUCUUGUAGGACUGAAGUUGGGUUUAUGGCAGCUAAGAUUUAUGGAAUCACUCUAUUGCUUUAGUUAUGACUAAAAUGUUCUCUCUCUCUCUCUCUCUCUCUCUCUCUCUCUCUCUCUCUCUCCUCGAAUGUAAUACCACAAAAACUGCUUAACUACUGCAAAAAAGAAAAAUGAAACUGUGAUUUACUAUAUGCAGUAUCUCUGUUUUUCAGUAUUUUUUCUGUUCUGUGCCAUUUUUCUUUGUGUUAAGAAGGUUUCGCCGCUGCCACCGUGGUAGCAAAAAAAAGGAGGAUGUUGGAUGUUUUGUGGAUGCUUAAGUUAAAAUGUUUUUUUUCAAUGCCUAGAAAUUAUCCUCAAAAUGUAAGAAACAUCUUUAUUGCAAAGCACACAAGGUAAUUAAAUGCUUAAAAUGUUCAGCAGCCAAUGUCUGUCUUUGCAAUCAGGUUGUUGGGUAUAAAGCAAAGGUUUCAAUGCCAUCCAUUUGUGCUCUGCGGGUGAACACACACACACACACAGAAACACACACCAGAGAGAACUGUACAGUCAUACAGUUGCGUGAUGGAAAUGAUCGCAGUGAGUCAUGAUGGUAAUGAUGAUGAUCAUAUGAUUUCUCUCUGAAGGUGGCGCAGUCUGUCGUGAUACAAUGUAAUUAAUAAAGUGUUAUGUCACAUCAAA